GGUGCUCUCCUUUCUCCUAGACUACUUAGAUCCCACACGGAGAUUCUCUGCCCAGACUGCACUUGAAGACACACAGCGAGUGAACCAGGGCUACCUGCCCAGGCCAGGAGAGGCAUUAAUAUCUGCAAGAUUUAGAUAAUUUGUUCAAAAAGAAUGCUCUAGAGAUAACAAACGAGACAGAUCUGUGCAAUCUUUAUUUCAGAAAACCUAAAGGUAUAAGGCGUGUGGCGGAGUAAAGUUCAACUGCUGUUGUUCAGAAGUGUUGGAUCAUCGGAAGUGAUCUAUUACCGUGGAACUGGUUGUGCCAUCCUGCUCCUUUAGCCGCUGCAAACAUGGAUAAAUCCACAAAAGAGCUCUUCUUGAACUUUAUGGUGGUUUUGAUGACCGUGCUACUUAUGUGGCUACUUGUUAAGUCUUAUCAGGAGUGAGGCACUGUCUUCAAUGUAAAACCAGCUUUUACAAUAAAUUGUGGGAGUUUGCCAUGGCUCUGUUCCUCUUUUACCAUCCAGUGGCUGCCGUCAGAUCAUUUAACCUGGGCAAUCACUUGCUUGAAUUCUGGUUUAUUUUCUACAUUUCAUCUUUUGCCUGAUGCUCUAUUUUCACCCCCUGAAAUGUAUCUGAAAGGGCAUGUGUCACCCCUUCAUGAUUUAGGAGCACAAUUGUGAAGUAUGAAAUUCCCAGUCAUGAACAAAGUCCCUCCACAGUAUCAGCUUUGUAGCUCUAUGCACAACUACAAUGGUUGUGUGUCAUGGGUGACAAUUUAAUAUAUUCUCACCAUUUGUGAAUCUGCAUAAGAUGACACAGCAGUGACAAUAUUACCACCAAGGGUGUCAUCUUAUUCAAACAGAAGCUUUGUAUAACUUAAGCAUUUUCUUUCAUAACCUCACACCUGCACUUCUCAAUCUUGGUGUAGCUGGUACUUGGUGUAGCUUUAAUGGUUUUUCACUGGGGUCUCAAUAUUCUAUGGGAUGACACAUGCCCUUUAGUUCCCACAGCUACCUCUUCUGCUAUUUGUAAUAUAAUGUGCUAGCUUAUGUGUUUUUUGCUUAUCUAAUUGUAUUUCAAAGAAAAUGUUGACAGUCAAUGCAAAUAUACUCCCACAUAGAGUGGCACUGCUAAAUUACAAAUUGUUAUUAAUUAAUUUCUGUACCAUGCACAGUCUGUUUUCUACGUUUUGUUCUUUCUAUUCCUUUUAAUGCCUUACCUUGAAAUGAAUUUUCUUUGCUUCAUCUUCACUUUAGAAAUGUCCUGUAAUAUUGCUCUGGCUUUAUCAAUCAAGUGUCACAGAUUGAAGCUUUCUUUAAUUAUGUAGCUCAAUAAUUAUACUCAAGUGAUUUUUCAGAAGGCAAAAGAUUAAUAUAUCAUCCCUUCAUGCAUCACUUUGUUGUAAUUAAAUAUACAUCCAAGCUUU